AUGGCGUUUGCUGUGACAAAUAUCAGUUUGUUCCAGCCGGAUAUCACGCAGAGACUAACUGAGGGCAUAGAUGACCUGAAGCAAAAGAUCACUGCUUGGGGAAAGCGGAUUCGACGAUUUACCGAGAGUUCAAGGUGGUUCAACCAGAAUCGUCUCUUCCAAAGUGAUCAGAAGAGGUUCUAUACAUCAUUGGAGCGACCAGAGGUAGGUGGAGCGGGCCCAGGACCGGAUCAGGCUAACACUGCCGCAUUUUGGCGUGGCCUGUGGUCAGAGCCCGUAAACCACAGCGUGGGACCUUGGACGGUAGUUGUGAUGAGUCAGUGUACGAGUGUUACGCCCAUUGACCCCGUCAUUAUAACGCCGGAUGGCGUUGAUGAGGCGAUCCGUAGAGCCCCGAACUGGAAAAGUCCGGGACUCGAACACUACUGGCUGAAGGUGUUCGUAGUGUGUCACACUGUGUUCGCCCGACAGUUUCAAGAGGAUCUCGAUCAGAAGUCGCUCCCUAUCCUCUUCACUACUGGGAUCACUCACUUGGUUCCAAAAGAUCGGGAUACUACAGACUCGGGCAAAUACCGCCCCAUCACGUGCCUACCCACCAUAUAUAAGACACAAAACCUGGCAGACCGAGUUCGGUAUACCUUGCGCUCAAAUAUUUUUGAUGUCACCGAACUCGAACGGAUACGACGUGAUGCUGUUCCCUCAUCGGAUGAAAAUGCUACGGCUGAGGAUGCGGCACUACAAAUUGUAGAGCAACCCGCAAAGGUGGAUGCCGACAUGAAUACCCCAGUUGUGGUUGAUUCAAAGGAUGAUGGAACAAUCGCGCAGGAACUGAAAUUAGAGCAUAUGAGGAGUACAUUGGAAGAGGCGAUUGUGGAAAUGCGCAGUACGCCUCUCGAAAAUCGACCGCAACUUCCCCGCAUAGCCCUAAGCAAGCGGAAUCUGGCUGUCGUGAGGGCUCUGAACACAAUGCUCAUGACGUAUUUGGAAGCCAGCUGGGACCCUUGCGAGACGAACUCAAUUCUUUUUGGCGCUACACUGGCAGUAUGCCGUAUUAUUGGCGCCAAACUUUCAAUGGCUGAACGCGCUACUGGACAAAGUAGCGUUAUCCCAGCCUGGAGAAUAAGAAUUGAAGAACGCAUUGCAAAGGCUAGAGCCCUCAUCGGCAGACUGAUAUGCUUCAGAUGA